AUGGCUGUUCUACAACAGCUCAGGGCCAAGGUUAGAGCCCGUUGCGAUCGCUACCCCGGCGUCUUCGGCGGUCCAUACUCUGAAAUCGGUGCGAGAUGCCACUACCCGGGAAGCGAAGAUUGCCACAUAUCCAACUCUGGUUCCAGUGGCAGCAGCAGCAGCAGCAGCAGCAGCAGCAUAGGUCCCGUUCCCGACAUCGAGACACUGACUGUGCUGUCACCGGCGCUGACUGCACUGCGGCCGAAGGAGCGGAACCCCACGAUGGCCGAUGACAUAUACGGAGACAGAUUGAGCCUGACGACUUGGACGACGUUCGAGACGACAUCGCCCUCUCGUGCCCCGUCAACAGACAACUUCCGCCUCGGCAGAACGCUGAGCCUCCUCAUUCCGUGGCGGAAGAGGAGCCGACAUCGCAACAGCGACACCAAAAGCAACAUCAACAGCAGCGAUAGCGGCAGAACCCAAGUGCAGAAUGAGGAGCUCCAUAGGCCUAGUCUCUCCUUGAAGAACAUGACGUUUCUCAUGUCAGGAGAGCUCAUCGGCCUGGCACUGCAUAGCUUCCCACAAGUCUUCGAGGUGCUGGGCGUGGCUACGGGCAUGGCGACCCUGUUCACCAUCGCCGCCAUGUACUGGUAUACGUCUAUGGUCUGCUGGAAGCUGUGUCUGAGGCAUCCUGAGGCGAGGAGCGUCUCCGACGUCGGGAGGAUAGUGUUUGGAAAGCUGUGCCCGAGAUUUGGUCAGUGGUUUACCGCUAGUGUUUGGGCUUUGGGCGUUCUUAUUAUUCUGGCUGUCCACAUCAGAGCCGGCGGCGAGAUUUUCGACGUCAUCAUUGAAGGCUCCCCGAAUGCCCAGCAUGCCCUGCGCAUCUUGCCCCAGGGCGGCGCCUUCAUCGGCUACCUGGUCUGCGGCAUACUGUGCUUCGCCUGCGCAUUACCUCGCAAGCCCCUCUUCCUGUCGAGAUUCAUCGGCCUGGCAUCGAUGUGCACCCUCCUGACCGCACCCCUAUGCACGGCCUUCUUCCUCAGAUACGGGACCAAGGAGCACGCCAACCUCGGCGGUGCAGAGGCAGCGUUGGCAUCGGCCACCGCAACGGCGACGUCGUCGACGAUGCAUUGGUGGUGGAACGGUAGCUCGGACAGCGUGGCCAAGAUGCUCGCAAUCCUGCACAUGACGUUUGCCUUUCUCGGUCAGCCCAGCUGCCCGACCUUUAUAGCCGACAUGGCGGAGCCCCGGGAUUUCCCAAAGGCGCUGGCCGGUUCGCUGUCGGUGCAGCUGGCGUCCUUUGCGAGCUACGGUACCGUGUGCUACUGGGCCGUGGGGUCCGCAGCCAUGACGUCGCCGGUUUUCAAGGCGCUCCCUGGAAAGGCAACGGGCCUCACCGUCGUGAUAUUCAUGAUGCCGGCUACGGUUGGGCAGGCUGCAUUGUUCGGAUCUCUUCUCGCCAGGUUUCUCUGGCACACAUCUCGUCUGGAAGAUUGGGCCCCCCCCGGCUCUAGAUGGUGGAAGCGUCAGGGUUCAUGGGCGGCUAUGCAAGCCUUUAUGUGGACACUUUCUGGGAGUAUUAUCAAAGUCGUUCCCCAAUUUGACAGUUUACUCGCCUUGGUGGCGUCGAUACCGGGAUCAUAUCUAUUCUACGUACUCUGGUGCCUGGCCUGGCUACGAAUGUUCCGCGCGGACCAUCUGCAGGCACUGGGGAGGUGUACAAGACCGAAGCGUGCCGUGGUACUCGACGCAUCUGUCAAUGUCGUCAAUUUUGCUGCCGGCAUCUUUGUUCUCGGAGCCGGGACAGCCGCCGCUGUCGCAUUUAUUUCUAGAUCAGCAAGCGGGUAG